CUGUCAUGCUGAAAAAUGAUCCGGUUUCUAAAUGCUUUUGGAUAUAUGAUUAAAAUUCCCAGAGCCCAGCAAUCUGCCUUUUUAUUCCUGCUUCCAGCUGUGUUUGCCAGUCUGGUGCUAGUCGCCUUAGUACCGAGUUGGACCCGGUCCAGAAAUUCUGGGCUCCUCCCCGAAAUCUGCCCAUUCUCAGUUCUGAAGGAAAGGCCAGCCACACCCCACCCCCAAGGCUCACACCCUAGUCCUCCUCUUCCUCCUCCUAUCCCGCUGGGCUCCUUUCAACUACCAAGCUCACCCUCUGGCUCCGCCUAUGCCCAGAGCUCACAUCUGGCUCCGCCCCCACCUGGUCUGGUCCGGCAAGAUUCAGAUUGUCUUGAGUACCUAGGUUUGGUGGCAGUGACCUGCAGAGUGGUGCUGUGCUGGUAUCCUAGUCUCCCACAGGUCUUUAGAUUCCCAGUGGCUCAGGUGCACUUGGGCAGACCAAAGAUGAGAGCCAGUCAGCAGGACUUUGAAAAUGCAGUGAACCAAGUGAAACUCCUGAAGAAGGAUCCAGGAAACCAAGUGAAGCUGCAACUCUACGCGCUGUAUAAGCAGGCCACAGAAGGACCCUGUAAUGUGCCUAAGCCAGGUGUGUUUGACCCAGUCAAUAAAGCCAAGUGGGAAGCAUGGAAUGUCCUUGGCAGCCUCCCAAAGGAAACUGCCAGGCAGAACUAUGUGGAUCUGGUGUCCAGUUUGAGUCCCUCAUCUGAAGCCUCUAGCCAGGGCAAAAGUGAUGUGAAAGUCCAGAAGUCUAAGGACAUUGUGGUGACCUCUGAAGAUGGCAUCACGAAGAUCAUGUUCAAUCGGCCCUCCAAAAAGAAUGCCAUAACUUUCCAGAUGUAUCAGGAGAUUCUGCUUGCACUUAAAAACGCCAGCACAGACAACUCAGCCAUAACCGUGUUCACAGGAGCUGGUGACUAUUACUGCAGUGGGAAUGACCUAAAUAACUUCACCAGUGCCCCUGGAGGAAUGGAGGAGGCAGUUGAAAGGGAUGCUGUGCGAUUGAGGGAAUUUGUAGACGUUUUUAUAGACUUUCCCAAGCCUCUGGUUGCAGUAGUAAAUGGCCCAGCUGUAGGAAUCUCUGUGACCCUUCUGGGACUGUUUGAUGCUGUCUAUGCAUCAGACAAGGCAACAUUUCAUACUCCAUUUAUCUCCCUUGGCCUGUUCCCAGAAGCAUGCUCCUCUUACACAUUUCCGAAGAUAAUGGGCUCAGCAAAGGCAGCUGAGAUGCUUCUCUUUGGGAAGAAGAUCACAGCAAGAGAAGCCUGUGCUCAAGGCCUCGUCACUGAAGUUUUUCCUGACAGCACUUUUGAGAAAGAAAUCUGGACCAGGCUGAAAGCAUAUGCAAAGCUCCCACCAAACACCAUGAGAAUUUCCAAACAGUUAAUCAGAAAAAACGAGAAAGAAAAGCUCCAUGCAGUUAAUGCUGAAGAAUGCACUACCAUCAAAGCAAGGUUGCUGUCAGAGGAAUACAUCAAUGCUAUCAAGAGCUUCAUAUCCAGAAAAUCAAAGCUGUGAAGCCCAUCACAGCACUUAGACUUCUCAAAGGAAGGAUGUGCCUUCUGUGCUUUCCAAUUUUUGGUAUUUGAAUAACAUCCUUCACUGUGCCUUUUUCUUGACGAACAACACAGCAAUUAUGAGAAUGCCUCACAGUGCUGACAAAUAAAAACUUUCACACAUCAA